UUACGAACUAUCAGUCUAAUCAACACUACCUGUGCUGGUCAAGUGACCACAUUGAGCCAACGUGUAUAUUGCGCAAACGGGGAGACUGCUACCAUUACACACGGUUGAUCUUUUAUUCAAAAGCUUUUCAUUGUUGUUCAAGAAUAGAUCAAGAAUGAAGUCUCUUUGGUUCAUCACUUUUCUUGUGGCCGUAGGAGUGUGGAAAACCGAGAGUCAAUAUCCAGGUGUUUUUGAUGAAGAAACUGAGGGUGACGCGGGUAUUUGGCGUGGAAGUAGAGUUCUCAGGGGACCGAAACCCCUUAAAAGAAGUGAAAAAAUAUGUGGAAAGCGAUUUCUUAACAAAAAGGAUCAAGAUAAAAGAAUUGUGGGUGGCGAGGAGAGUAAGCAGGGUUCGUGGCCGUGGCAGAUUGCAUUGUUCAUAAACGGAACUCACUACUGUGGAGGCUCACUCAUCAAUGAUAUGUGGGUUGUUACCGCUGGACAUUGCGUAGCUUGGCCUCAUGACAACACAGACCACCCUGAAUAUUUCACCGUGAAGCUCGGGGAACAUAAACUUCGUGAGUUUGAAGAAUAUGAAAAAAGCAGGAACGUCGAGAAGAUUGUUUUGCAUCCUGGCUACGUACUGAAAUAUUUAGACGCGACUGGUAAUAGCUAUUACCUCGACAAUGACAUUGCUCUUUUGAAGCUAUCUUCGCCAAUUAAGUUUGAUAAGUUUAUCAGGCCGAUUUGCCUCUUGAAAAACAACAUGAGGUUCGAAUGGGGUGAAGAAUGCUACGUCACCGGAUGGGGCCACACCAAGUACCAAGGCUCUCAACCCGAUGCUUUAAGAGAAGCGAAAGUAAAGCUUGUUUCCAAUGAGGUGUGCAAUCUCGAAAAAUCUUACGGAGGGCGAGUCCAUGACGUUUCUCUGUGUGCUGGUUUCGAGGAAGGUGGCGUCGAUGCUUGCGAAUAUGAUAGUGGCGGUCCACUUUCUUGUAAGAAAGGAGGGAGAUUCUACCUGACAGGGUUAGUGUCGUGGGGAGAUGGAUGUGCCCGACCCCAUAAGUACGGCGUCUAUUCCAAUAUGAUGAAGUUGACGCCUUGGGUUAGAGAUAAUAUCAAAGCACCAUAGAACUUGUAUUGCCUGACUUGAAAUGGGUCAAAAAAUAUCCAAUCGAAAUACAACAUUAGAUGUUAUGUCAUACGAAAAAUAGUGUAACUGGGAAAUAAAAUUGUAAUCUGGGUAAUA